UGACUGCUGAUCUCAGCUAGUCUCACAGUUUCUCCUCUCUCUGCCUCUUUCUGUCUGUCUCUCUCUCUCUCUGUCUCUCUCUCUCUCUCUUCUCUAUCCUUUCCACCGCCUCCGCUGCAGGCUAGGAGCUAUCCAGUGCUGAACAAGUGAAUUUUUUCCCUUUUUUUCCAAAGCGUAAGCAGGCGUGUGUGUGUACAGUAGCAAGCACACGCACACACACACACACACACACACACAUAGAGUCCUGAAUCAUCAGACAUCUUUCUCGCCUCCCGUGUGCUCUUUAUUUCCUACAUUGACUCUUUGUUUUGUUGUGGUUUCUGGGACGUGGAGCUUCUUUUGUUGGUGGAAUAGAGACGUUUCAAGCGGGACAGCACCGAGAUUUUCUCCGGGAUAUUUUUCUGUGUUGGCUUUCUGUCUGCGGCCGAUGUGAGGGAUUUCUGCUGCGUCUGCGUGCGACCGUGUGUGAAUCAUGCCGCGUUCGUUUCUGGUAAAGAAAAUCAAGCUGGAUGAUUUUUCCUCGUCUCCCGUGACAACAUCUAAUCAUCAUCAUCAUCACCAUCAUCAUCAUGAUCAGCUCAAAGAUUCUUUUACUCGCUCCCGUUCCGAUCCCACGACGAGCCUGGGUGUCCGGCUUUGUGAAAAUGGCUACAUCCAGGAUUACAUCAGUUCGACUGCAUACUCUGAUGAGAAGAAGGCCGACAUGAAGCUUGGGUCUGGGUUGCCAGAUCCACUGUACUCCCCAGUCAGCAGUGGUGGAGGGGAAUACUGUCAACCGGACCUGGAGCAUCCGGACAGUCCUCAGUCUGGCCUCACGGCCCGUGGAUACUUCAGCAGCGAGAGCGAAUCCCUCACCGAGGGUUACACCAUGGAUGCGUUCUUUAUAUCCGACGGCCGCUCAAGGAGGAAGGGAGAGGUCGCAGAAGUAAGUAAAGAAGACCCGGAGGAGAAGGAAGUGGGCGGGGUCAGCAACGGAGGAGCCAGACACACCUGCAACGAGUGUGGAAAGACCUACGCCACCUCUUCCAAUCUGAGCCGACACAAGCAGACUCACCGUAGCCUCGACAGCAAGAUGGCACGCAAGUGUCCCACCUGCGACAAGGUCUACGUGUCCAUGCCUGCGCUGGCCAUGCAUAUUCUCACUCAUGACCUCAAGCACAAAUGUCACGUGUGCAGCAAAGCCUUCAGCCGGCCGUGGCUUCUUCAGGGGCACAUGAGAUCGCAUACAGGAGAGAAACCAUUUGCCUGCGCCCACUGCGGAAAAGCCUUCGCCGACCGAUCCAACCUACGAGCUCACAUGCAGACACAUUCGGCCUUCAAAAGUUACAGCUGCAAACGUUGCAAUAAAACCUUUGCGCUGAAGUCGUACCUGAACAAGCACUACGAAUCCGCCUGCUUCAGAGGCUCUGGAGACGAGGACGAAUCCGGAUCUGAAAAUUAACAACACCAGAUGCAGGAUAAGAGAGAAGAAAGAUUAAGAAGAGAUAAAUGAUAACACUCUCGAAAUUCCUCCACUUACUCCUCCACAACUUCCCCCACUCUCCCUUUUUUAGAAAGCAAUAUUUUCACCAAGAAAAAACCAAACAAACCCAAUAAUAAGAAGACAAUAAUGAAUAGAUGCUGGAUUUUUUCUUUGGUAAAAAAAGACUCAUAAAGACUCUUUCAAUUAUGAGGCCUGGCAUGCAAAUUUUUAUGAACAUAAUGCUAUUAAUAACAAUAGUAAUAAUAUUUAGAUUCCUGAUGUUUUAUAGCAAAUAUGAAAGAAAAAAAACAUAAAAAAGGACAACAACACGCUUUUUUGAGAAAUGAAAAUCAAUUUGUAUUUUUAUGCUGCUCUUUUAUUUUGAAUUCUUUUGCAACUGCCGACGUGAACUUUUUACGAAAAUGUGAAUAUUGACAGUAUUUGCAAAAAAUGAAAAGGAAAAAAAGAUUGUAGACCUCUGGAAAGGUGAAAACUUUUGUUACACUUUGGUAUUUUAUUUAUAUGUGUUAUUUUUAUAUUCCCACCAUUCCUUAGUUCCAUAAUUAUUUAUUUAAUUAUUUAUUUAUUGUGCCAAUCAUUUCCUGUAACUGUUGCUGUAAAAUAGAGAAGAGUGGCCAUUGCUCAAGUUUACCGCGGUUGCCGCCCAGAGGAUACGGCACUUGAGACUGAACAUUUCAAGCGCUCUCAUUACGACAUAGACGUUCAAUGACAUCGCAGCAGAGUUUGAACAUCUCUGGUGGUCUUCCUGCACAAUUCACACACUUAACCAGACUGCAUGUGCUCCCCAUGACAGGAGCUCCUCCCCUUGUCUUCCUGCUCCAUGAUUACCUCACCCAGAGGCAGGUAUGACCCCUAACCUCUGCUCGAGCUCUUUAAGCACCCAUCAAACAAACCUCAUUUCUACCAUUUCAGUAUUGCUAAGUAUUUAUGUAUUUAUUUAUCUAUCUUCAUUUCCCUAUUUAUUAAUGUGUAUUUAUUUAUGCACCUAUUUAUUUAUUCUUUUUGUGUAAUGGAUUCUGAACUGCCGUUGAACUUUUAAGAUGCUGCUCUUUAAUGAAACUCUUUAUAUGCAUGAUUCAGCUGUAGAGGGAAUUUAGUCUUUUGGAGAGGAACGGUAUGCAGUGUUUAAGACGGAGGAAUUUCAGGUGAUGAUGCUUUGAAUAAUGGGCAAUAAUUCUUCUUAGGUACAGCCACUUAUAUAAUCACAGCUGUCCUGUUAGCAGUCAAUGUAGGGCAAUAAACGAAACCUCCUUAAUAUCUCAAAGGUCAUUUUCUCCAUUUCGUUGUUUCUACUCCAUUUCCUGCCUAUAGCGUCAGUAAAUGGUGUGCUUUUGUGACUCCGCCCACAUCUGUGUGACAUCACAACUCAUCUCAUUUCCAAAUGUCAAGCAAUUCAGUAUUCCAUAAAUAUCUUGUGCAUCUACACACACCAGUAAAAUCCCAAAUGACAUGCACAGCAAAAUGAAGUUAUACUGCUCCCUGUAGGAGCCAACCUUAACUGCUCUUUUUGUACAUACAAAAUGACAUUUUAAUAAUGGAAUCAGCAGCAAUAAUUUUAACUAGUCACAUCCAAUAAAUGUGCAGCCUUUUUGUAAGAGCAAAAUGGUUAGGUUUUUUUUACUUGUAUUAUUAUCAUCAACACAAACUUAUUACUACUGUCUAACAUCUUUGCAAUAUCGAAUGUAAUUAUAAAAGACUAUCCCGACGCAUGAAGUAUUUCAUGCAUUUGCUUUUAGCUCACCAUCCAAAUGGAUCCCAAAGCUGCAGCUGGCAUACGGUGAUAUGAAUAUGGGUUUCGGUGACCCCCAGUCCCAAAUCCCACACCCAGUAAUAACCCCGCCCCUUUCACUGACCAAUCCGAGUGUUUCAGUCAGCCAGACUGAGUGCUGAGUUCAGGACGGAGAUGAAACAAAAUAGAGGCUUAAUGGCAGAAUUGCUGGUAAUAACUGAGCAUAUGGCAUCAAGGUGUUUGGAGAUGAAAGGAUGAGAGGCUCAAUCAUAUAAUCAGUCUCUUUUACAUCUGUCCUAUGGUGCAGAGACAGUCGCAAUUAAUAUUAACCAAACUGUGUAUUUUACGACACAGACAUUUUAUUACCACCGUUAAGGAGAAAAACAGCGUAAAGCAAUAAACCAUGACAAGCUGUGCAUUAAAUUUGGUUUUAUUAUGGUAAAUUACCGCAUGGACUUUUAUAAUUUUAUGAAACUGCUGCAACAGCACUAUGAUAAAAGCACCAUAUGCUUAAUAAAUAGUUAUGUUUUUAUUCAUUAUCCUAACUUAGGCUGUUAAGUGUAGGCAUAGCUAUUAUGUGUGCAUUAAAAUCGAAUGAGCAGUCACAGGUGUGCAUUUGCAGUCCUUUACCAUGCAGUUCAUCCAAUCAGAGUUUACUGAUCUAUAGAAAACCAUAUGACUAGCACAUUUCUAAGUUGAUUUUUGCAUGAAAGAGUCCAUAAAUGUAAAUGCAAACACAUGUUUAUAUUUCACAUGCAUGUCCACUCCCAUAAGGGGUUAACAGGUGUUGGUGGACAGACAGUAGUCAAGGAACAUGAUUGAGUCUGUGUUUGACCUUGUAAGAAAGGUCGAGUAGCAGCAGCCAAAGGCUCUGUCAGCGUUUUGCAUAUUGUAAAAAGGACGGCACAAUCUCAGUAAUGGGCCAAAACCUGCAGGGAAUAGAUAAUGAGUUUUCCCCUCCCACUUUUCUACCGCACUUCAUCUCUUAUCAAUCCAUGGUACAUCGGCACGCCGUGUCCUAGCCGAACUCUGCAUCGUUGUUGGACACCCAUCCUGCUUUUGUUCUGCAUCUUUCAUAUUUCAGACGCACCACCAGUGGAAAGUCAACACAGUGUCUUCUUUGACCUAAAAGUUACUUUAGGUUUGGAUAUUUGCCAUUGCCUUUAGAAUAAAGUUUGAAUUCAGAGGGUAUUUUUAUUAUGAAAACCAUUAGCAUUUCUUUUAAAAUGACUAUUCCAAAGGACUACCAUCAUCUCUUAUCAAAAAAAAAGAUUUGUUCCACAAACAUAAAGAAAUGUGAGUAACCUGAGUAAAGUUGGAGAAAGCAAAAGUUAAAAGCAUUAUUCCUGAAACAAGUGUAAAUAUAUGUGUAUAUAGACCAUAGCAAUAAUGAGACAUCGCAUGAAACAUUUGCUUAACCUUUUCUGAACAGUCGAACCCUGGACAGACCGAAAAGGAUCAGGGACUCCAUCGGUUCAUUACCUGCUGUAGCUACCAGCAAUAUUAACAAUGCUAAUCAUUCUCUCUGUUCAUAAGGAUCUGUCCGUGUCUCUCUCCCUCUUUCUAUAUUUUCUUUUGUGGAAGUGCCCAGCCUGGCUGAACAAUGACAUGAAGUGCCAAAAAAAUAAAGAGUUAUUUCCAUGACAAAAGCCUUCAGCAUAUGGUAGGCAACUCACAGCCCUCCAUAUGGUCCUUGAGAGAUUUCAAAGUGUCUCUCAUUUUCUCCUUGCCUUCUCUCUUUAUCUUCUAUCUUCCUCUAUGUGUAGACAUAUAGAUUUUUCCAGUUCUGAUGCUACAUUUUGCCUGUUAUGAGGGGUAAAGCCAAUAGUGAUGUUUAUGAACAAUAAAAUCAAUAGCACAAGCAGUCUGA